ACGCCACGCCCAACAUCCUGUUCCGUGUUUCCCUUAUACACUCAAUAUAUAUACAUGUGCUCUUAACCCAUUAUUCUUCAACUUUACUUUGAUUCAACAAAAAGAAAGAAGGAGAAGAAGCUUUGAAAAAGCAAAGUAUUUACAAAUGGCUUCAUCGGAGAUUGUGGAUUCUGGUAGACUCGCCGGUCAGAAAUCACAUUUCUCUCAGACAUGUAGUUUGUUAAGCCAAUACCUAAAAGAAAAGGGUUCCUUUGGAGAUCUCAGUCUUGGUAUCAACCGCAAUUUUGAUUCCACUGGUUCUACUACUAUGGAUUUGUUGCCAAAGAUUGAGAAAUCGAUGAAUCUGUUCCCCGAGCAAGCUGCUGCAAUGAAUACUGAAUCUGAACCGGAGAAAGCACAGAUGACGAUAUUCUAUGCAGGUCAAGUUAUUGUGUUCAAUGAUUUUCCAGCAGACAAAGCUAAGGACAUCAUGCUUAUGGCUGGUGCUAGUACUACCAACAAUGCACAGAAUCAAAUCAACAACUCUCCUUGUGCUAUGGUUCCUCCUAAACAAGCGGAAUCUGUUGUUGAUUUGGUUAAUCCUCAAAUGCCUUCUCAGCCAACUGUUUCCGAUUUACCAAUUGCUAGAAGAGCUUCACUUACAAGGUUCUUGGAGAAAAGAAAAGAUAGGUUGACUACAAAGGCACCUUACCAAAUUAGCAACUUCCAUAAACAGGCAGCUUCUCCUAAGGUGGAAGAAAACAAGGCAUGGUUGGGAUUAGGUGCUGAAUUUCCAGUCAAAACUGAACAAUACUAGCAAUAGUUGUUUUGGAUUUUAUUUUACUUAGUAGGCCUAGAUUAUACUUACUUCAAUUUCAAGUUUAAUCUUGGCUUCAACCGUCAUUGAAAACUACUUAGAUCUGACUACUAUUCACUAUUACUAUUAAUAGAUUUUUGUAAUUAAAACCAGAUAUGGUUGUUGAUCUGUUCCUUUGUAGGUAUUCAAUUCAUCAUCGUUCAAGUUCUCAUUUCC